GACGCUGUUUUAGCCCAAAUCUUGCCCCAAUACGAAGCUCUGGAGACGGUGGACUUUCAAGUACAACAUUGGGAUAUUUCAGACUGGAAGUCUUUGCAGUCGCGCUGCCAUGGUCCUACAUUUAAUGCAGGAGGAUAUGACUGGCGAAUCUUGUUGUAUCCCAAAGGGAACAAUCAAACCGACGUGGUGUCGGUAUACCUUGAAUUAACCAAUCCGCCGCAAGGGGUGGAUUGGGCUGUUUGCGCUCAAUUUGCAUUGGCCAUUUCCAAUAAGAACGAUCCUACCAAUUUUCAUUCUAAUUACGCGCAGCAUCGGUUCACUAGCGAAGAAAUCGACUGGGGCUUUACGCGCUUUUAUGAUAUUAAGGGGCUAGCAAAAUCACAAUGCCCGUACAUUGUCGAUGGACAAACGACAUUGUCCGUUUUCGUCCGAGUCGUCAAGGAUGAUACCGGAGUGCUGUGGCAUAAUUUAAUCAACUAUGAUUCGCGCAAGGAAACGGGAUAUGUCGGUAUCAAAAACCAAGGGGCAACAUGCUACAUGAAUUCCCUGCUGCAGUCUCUUUAUUGCACCAAUAGCUUUCGUCGAGCUGUUUAUCAAAUACCGACCGAAUCCGAAGAACCAACCAAAAGCGUAGCGCUUGCCUUGCAGCGUUGCUUUUACCAAUUGGAACACAGCGAUGAGCCUGUGGGAACUACGGAACUCACAAAAUCAUUUGGAUGGGACUCGCUGGACGCGUUUAUGCAACAUGAUAUUCAGGAGUUUAACCGCGUGUUGCAAGACAAUCUGGAAAUGAGAAUGAAGAACACACCCGCCGAUGGUUCUAUUAAGAAGCUCUUUGUUGGAAAAAUGAAGAGUUACAUCAAAUGCAUCAAUGUGAAUUUCGAAUCCUCGUGUGUCGAAGAUUUCUAUGACAUUCAGUUAAAUGUGAAGGGUUGCAAGAAUGUGUCUGAGUCUUUCAAGGAUUAUGUGAAGGAGGAAAUCAUGGAUGGCGAAAACCGGUACAUGGCGGAAGGGCAAGGACUGCAAGAUGCUAAAAAGGGCGUACGAUUUCAAUCGUUUCCUCCCGUACUUCAUUUGCAUUUGAAACGAUUUGAAUAUGACAUGCAAAAAGAUACAUUGAUAAAGAUCAAUGACUAUUAUCAAUUUCCGGAGAGAAUCAAUUUGGAUGAAUUUUGUGAAGAACCUCCAAGCGAACCCUACGAUUAUGUGUUGCACGGGGUUCUGGUGCACAGCGGCGAUUUGGAUGGCGGGCAUUAUUUUGCGCUCAUCAGGCCGGAAAAGGACGCAAACUGGUUCCGCUUUGACGACGAUCGUGUCACACCUGUUGCUCUUAGAGAAGUGUACGAAGAUAAUUUUGGCGAUGAACAUACACAGAGUGAGCAAGUGAGCGACCGGACGCACAGCAACAGUCUGCAAUCACUGCGACGAUUCACCAGUGCCUACAUGUUGGUCUAUAUGCGAGAGAAAAUGUUGGAUGAGAUUCUCGCACCGGUUGAUGGAAAGGAUAUCCCAGGUCACCUAAGUAUGUAUGAGGAUUGGAUGGGGCUGAACAAAUUUCGUGCUACUGAUCAUGUAUCUGUAGAAAGACAAUUCAGGGAGACGAGAUUUUAUAGAAAAGAUGGAGAGAAAAUGUAUCGUGAUGUAGCUUUAAUUUACUUAUCCAAAAUAAACCUUUGCAGAAUUGGAAAAAACGACGUUUUUUUCCCUAACCUGGGCAUCUAA